GCCGCUCCGAAGCACGUGGCGGCGCUGCGCGCGCUCUUUUUUUUCUCCGUCACGAAAGCGCGCGACGGCGAGGCCGGCGAGCUGCGGGCAGGCAGGCAGUGCAGCCGCGCUUUUUUCCCCGUCGGCGUGCCAUCGGCAAGCACCACCACCACCGCCGCCGCUGCUGCUGCGUCGCUCUACGACGCAGCGUCGCCCCGAAGCCAUGUCCACUUCGCGAUCGUCGGCACCGUCGUCGUCGUCACCGACUGCCAGCAGAUCACCACCACCGACGGCCACGACACCGAACCCAGUGUGAACGCGAGAGAAAACGUCGAGUGCUCGGAUAACGGGAGCUUUGCUCGCUCGUGGUGCGGUAUCUUCGAGUCCACGGAUGCUGUUUCCGCCAGCUCGUGCCGCGGCGACGGCAUGACGAUUGUGCGGCGGUCGGGGAAGUGAAUCGUGCGCGUUCGGAUCGCAAGGUGAAUCACGCCGACACCGAGGAUGUGGUCAGUUUGUCGGGCGCUCCGCGCCGGUGACGUGAGGGACGCCGGAGAACUCGCCAUCUUCCGAGCAUCGGCGGCGGUGCAGCGGCGACUUCUCCUGAUGAUGAUGAUGAUGUUGAUGGUGACGUCCGAUAGGGCGCGGGCUGACGGCGAACCCAAGGUGCAGCCGUUCCACUUCCCCAAGACGGUUCUGCGCGGAGAGAACGUCAAGGUGGUGUGUUCGGCGGCGUCCGGGGCGACCCCGCUCAACUUCCAGUGGCUGCGGGACGGCCAGAGGCUGAGCAGCGACGGCGCCCAGGUCAGCAUAAAGACCUUCGACGACUUUUCCGUCCUGGUCGUCAACAACGUCGGCGUCGCCCACAACGGCAACUACACGUGCUCGCUCAAGAACCACCAGGGCGGCGACGCCUUCUCCAGCCAGCUCCUCGUUCAGGCGUCGCCGCAGUGGGAAUCUCCGCCCCGCGACGUGUCGGCGGCGCUGGACGGCCCGGCGUCCCUGGACUGCCUGGCGGUCGGCUACCCGACGCCCACCGUGCGCUGGGCCAAAGAAGAGCCCGUGUCCGAAGACGGAGAGACGGACUUGCGGCCGGUGUCCCUGGUGGGCGCCAGGGUGUCGCAGCUGUCCAACGGGACGCUCUUCAUCCGGGAAGUUCGCAAGGAGGACGCCGGGAACUAUCACUGCACCGUGUCCAAUGGCCUGGGGCAGGACCUCCACAAGCUCGUCACUCUGUCCCUCCACGUGCCCGCUCGGUUCGAGCAGAAGUUCAGCGUGGAGAGCGUGCGCCGCGGGGACACGGCGAUCCUGCGCUGUGAGGCGGUCGGCGACAGUCCCAUGGGGGUCACGUGGCACCGGAAUGACGAUCCACUGCCGCUCGACUCCCCCAGGUUGCAGGUGUUCGAGAGUGUGACCGAUCGCGGCACCGCGUCGGAGCUGCACGUCCAGGGCGCCGAGCGGUCCGAGAACGGCCUCUUCAGCUGCCUCGCCAAGAACGGCUUCGGCUCCGACAGGCGCAGCAUCAAGCUCGUCGUCCUCGAAGUUCCUGCGUCUCCGCUGGACGUGAAGGUGGACCAGUCCUGGAGUCGGUCAGCGAACGUGCGCUGGAACGCCCCGUACAGCGGCAACAGCCCCGUCUCCAAAUACAUCGUGCAGUACUGGAAGGACCACGGGGCCGCCCACAGGCUCGAAGAAGCGAGCGUGACGGCUCCCCAGACGUCGACGCUGCUACGCGACCUCCAGCCGGGGACAUCGUACAUCGUGCGCGCACUGGCCGAGAACACCGUGGGCCGGGGGUCCCCUUCCGAAAGCCAGAAGUUCCAGACGAAAGAGGAAGAGCCCGGCGGAGUUCCCACCGACGUCGCUGCCGAGCCCAGGGGACCGUCGAGUCUUCGAAUAAAAUGGAAGCCUCCACCGAAAGAGCAGUGGAACGGCCAGCUGCUCGGCUUCUACAUCGGGUACCGGCCCAAGGGCUCCGAGGACCCAUACAGUUACCAGUCAGCGCCCAUGACCGACCAGGCCGAGGAAGAGCACCUGCUGGCGGGUCUCAAGAGGGCCACAGAGUACGCCAUCGUCGUCAAGGCCUUCAACGCCGCCGGCUCCGGUCCGGGCUCCCAAGACAUCGUAGCCCGCACCGCUGAUUCGGAGCCCCCAUUACCACCGCGGUUGUGGCUCGAAUCACACGAGCGAUUCUCGAUCGUAGUGCACUGGCAGCAGCCUCCAGGACCACCAGUGACUCACUACAUCCUGUCGUACCGCGAGGAGACGGGUCCGUGGCGGGAGCUGACGGUGCCCCAGGCCGACAACUCCAAGUACAGCCUGACCGGCCUGCGGGAGGCCACCCGCUACCAGAUCUACCUGCAGGCCGCGGGAGAGGGCUCCACCAGCGCUCCGAGCGAGAUCAUCACCGUGCUCACCGAAGGAGGAGCAUUGUCGGACGCGUCCAUGCCGGCUCCGCAAGGGAGUCAGAGUCGCGAGCUGCCGGUCUACUUCCGGUUGUCCGUGGUGGCACCGGCGGCCGCGUCGCUCACCAUCGUGGUCCUCGUCAUCGCCGGGGCCUGUCUCUUUGUCAGCCACGAACGCCGGAAAUACCAGAACGUGGCCGUGCCGCCGCUAAAGCCGCUCAAGACCGGCACCUGCAUGAGCGGGCCCGGAAGCCUGGGCCGGCCCUCGGGCCAGCGCUACGUGGACGUGGACCAGCGGUUCGGGCCCCCCCAGCCGCGCACCCCGCGCCACACGGACGGCGUCGACCGCGGAGGGGCCCGGCCCCUGCUGGGCCCUUCGUCGUCGUCCUGCCUCCCGCAGUACCCGGCUCCCUACGCGACGCUGCCGCUGCGAUGUCCGCUGGAAAGGCCGUCGCCCUCGCGGCUCUCGCGUAACGCCAAGGGAACGUCUCUGUCCCAGGACAUUCUGGACAGGGAUUUGCCGUGCCAGGGCAACAUCACCGAGGAGGCGGCGGAGAUUCACCACUACGACAUCGCGGCCUAACCAAGAGCGAGGGAGACCUCAACAGUGCAAUGAAACUGAGUGAAAAGGUCGGCAAGAACGACAUGGUGGACGACAUCACGGACCAGGUUACCGAAGAGGCGAAGAGAGCGUGCGACAGAGAAGGCAAACCCGGAGGACCGCCAGGCCUCGAGCUCAACUCAGCAGUGUACAAAGCGGACGACCCCGCGGUAGCAGACCCCAACUCCUCGCAGCCCAACAACAUGGCCGUCGCUUUCGAACUCAACCUCUGAUGGACUCCCCCCGCAGUGCCGCUGCUUCGAAACCCUCUGGAACCACCUGUCCUUUUCCCCAACUGCGUUGGCGUCGAUUUGAAUGUGCGUGCCUGUUUGUUUGUGUCCGUGUGCGUGUGUGGUGUCCUAAAUGACUAGUCCCCAAAACUGUGAAUUUUUUUUUUUCUUUCUGCACUCCGUUUAGCGAAGACCCCUUGAAGAUCUGUGCUCGUGGCUCCUCUGAUGUCAUUCAGUGUUUGUUCCUGCUACUCUCGUACCGGCGAUCCAAGAUCUGUUUUCAGACAGUCAUGAUGCGUUCCUAUAUGUCAUGCGUAUUUAGCCUUCGGGGAAACGACUUACAAAAUUUCGUGUUUUUAUUUUUUUAUUUUAUGUUUGAUUAUUUUGUCUUGCCCGGAGACACCGAGUUUCCUUUAUCAGAGUUAAUUUUGGACGGUAAUUAUAUAUUAGGGCAUCGAUGCAUUUCAAAUAGGCAUUUCCAAUGAAGGAGCCAGUUGUUGUGUAGAGGCUUUGUGCUCUGAGCGCGUCAUGGAGGUACAUCAGUCUUCUUGUUUUCUCCGGUCAAUUUGAUUUUGUUGUCACAAAGAAAGCGAAGAUUUUGAAACCGAGCUAAAAUAUGGAUUAAAGAAAACAUUCCAGUUAUUUGGCAACCGAUGUGUUUAAAAUGUCGCGUCCGAUCCUAUUUUGUUUCACUUCUCGAAAUUUUGGUUGCUGCGCAGAAGCGCCGGAGUCGACGUUACGUAGUACAUUAUGCAGAGCUUUUUUAUUGUUACGUCGCUGCACACCUGAUUUCUGUGAUAUUCUGUCAAUAUUUAUGACACUCUGACGAGUCAAGAAAAGAGUGUUUGUUUUUUCUCUUGUUUUGUAGGAGGAUCGUUUUUGCGUCUCUAGUUCACCCGGUGCAUGAAGCAACUCAAGCAUACAAGAGUUUAUUUCGACUGUGUGAUUUUUUUUUAAUGCGAUUGUUUAGUAAUUUUAUUUGCUUAGAGCAAUUUCGUACACUUCGCUCGUACUGUUUCGACGCAGGAUGUUUCAUUUCUUCUCACAUCGACUACGCUCACUGUUCUCUGAGAGUAACUUUUCACUAAUUUCCUCGCCUGUACAAAGCGCGUUUCUCUCUCUCUCUCUUUCUUUCUAGCGUACUGUCCUAUACUUGCUACGAGGAAUGACUCUAUAUAUAAUAGCCGCUGCGUCAACACUCGCGGACGCUUUAGAAGGAAAGGCUACGAACUAAUAAGGAUACAGGAGGGAGCGACGAAAGCUCAAGAAUCAAUGUACUACUACUACUACUACUCUAGUAGCGCGCCUUUCAAAUGUCACGCUCUCCUCCCCUGUCAACUGAAGUAUGGUGCUCCGAUACGAAAACGGGGUUGCAAGAUUUGAGUAUCCAAUUCUUUGGCGAUGUCCCCGAUCUUGUCCAACCCCGUCAACCAAUGGUGCUGGGAACAGGCCGUCGUACUCGAGAAAGUGCAACGCGGUUCCGCGACCAAUUCGACGCUUUUUUUGUUCCACGAGUAUUACAUUCUGGCACUCGCCGAAGCUUAGACGCCGUCGCCGCCUUUAGAGAUGACACGGGUCCUCACGGUAGAAGGCCGCUACGUCACGCAACAUUGCCAAAUUUGAAUAAGGAUUGGCUGAAUUCCACGAUGACGUCAGGGAGUGGGUUCAAAUAAAUUGACCAUACCCUUACGGAUCAAGUAUAAACCGGGAUUGACUGAGACCACGGUGACGUACGAAUGCUGCGACCUUGCAUACGUUCAGUCAACCACCUGCAUCAUUUGGCAUACCGCUCGACGAUGCUAGGGUAUUUAAUAUUGAGAACUACGUGGGACGCUAUGUAAGGAUGGAAAAAGAAACAUGAACAAGUAUAAGAGAGAUAUUACACAUCUCGAUUAAGGCCGACACUGGUCCCUUUCCAGGUGCAAACAAUCGCGCCAGUCACUUGUGCGAGUGUUAAUUUCUCGCCAUCUUAUCACUUUGAAAUUAGAUAUAGGGGAUUCACGAAGGGCAGGGACUCGCUUGACACUACAGAUUGGAAGGUCGUGCAAAGCCGGAACUCUCGCUCUCGACGAAAGAUUAAUAUUAUAAAGACAUGGAUUCUGUAAACGAUGUCAAGUACAUCACAUUUUAUUGAUAGGAACGAAUGACGAAGGGACUGCUACAGUAAAGACACCGCGUUGAUCACAAACCGGAUUUGUAAGAGGCGGCAAAUGUACUCCCAAUAACAGCUUGGUAUCGUGACUUUGCUUAUUAAGGCGAGACACCCGCUUCGCUCAAUUUACAGAACGAGACAGAUACACUUUAAGGACUUUAUUUUUCUGAACUGCAUACUUCAUGAACAAAACGAAAACAACACCCUUUCGUGCUUUCCCACCAUAAUUAACGAGAUCACAAAAAAAAAAGUAUUGAUACAUAAUUUUAAGAAUACGUACUUUUCAGGUAAUCGAUGCACUCUAGAAAAACGCAUGCGCACCGGUGUCUUCCCGACUAUUGCCGGAUGAAUCUACUGCCAAGCGGCUUCCGGAAAAAUAUAUGACAGCCUAGCGGUUAUGCGCCGCAGCAUCUCAUUUGAUCGAAAUUGCCCCCAGAGGACAUAUAAUACACGAUUGUUAUAUAAUCCCCAUGGGAUCAAAGCGUCACUCAUUCAAGCUCACCUUACCGAGCGAUUGCGAUGGAACAAUUUAUUCCCGUACACGAAGACCACGCGAGGAAGACAGCCGCCGCAACCUCCUAAACUUUAGCGCUGAGAAUAGUCACGCGAUUUUUGAGGCUCCGCGUAUUCCAGCAGCUGACACGCGGACACCACUUGACACGCGGACGUCGCAGUUUCUACAACCUGUAGACAAUGCCCGCUAAAAAAAAAAAAAAAAAAAAAAAACAUACAUGUCGUACACGUAGUGCCAGUGAAACGUCCCGUAGAAUGUGUGUGCGUGUGUGCAUUUGAUGCCCAUUGUACCACGUGACUGUUUGAAAUCCCGUACAUGAACACCAUCUGUGCAAUGUUAGCGUGUAAGCCAUGUAAGCUGUACAUCCUGCCUGGUAGUCACUAUUCAAGGUUCGUGCGCAAACACGGCGACUAGCAAAACGUUCUGAGAGACACUCAAAUGAUGAUGUCGCGGAGAGUAUAUGCCCACAAUCCGUUGCCUUGAACAGCACACGAGUUCGUCGUGGGGUAGUAAUUCCGAACGGCUACUUUUUGUUCUCAUUGUAAUCUGCGCGCAAUUUUUUGUUUCCAUCUAUCAAAACGCCAAAACAAAUCAUAGCAUCAGCGGCGAAGUAAGAAGUGCACGUACAGAAUGCCACGUGUGCGCUUCACCUUCCCUCGCUAAAUCCAUGUCUGCGAAGAAGUGGAGGAUCAAAUCUUAAGUUCAGGACAGCGGCAGAGGUGAAAUCAAGGCUCAGUACCUGAACACCUUUAGUCCAUAUCAGGAGUAGAACCAUAACCGCUCAUCGAUCACAGACACUGAGAUGAUCACCAUACUUCAGCAUGAACUGCUUCGCGUGUCUGAGUCCGCUCUAAGUGCGGACUCACACACACGGCGGUGAACUAUGUCACGUGCCGUACUGUCCCCAGAAUACAAGCAGCCGUUCAGCCGAGGCCUGAGGAACUGCACCGAGUCACAAGACUACACAGUCUGGUUUCACGCGUGGCAUUUAGGUGAAGAUGAGAUUUUAUGAGUCGAAACGUAUACAAUAUGAACACCGCUUUGCCAUUUCGGUGAAACGCUUCCGUCGUCGGAAACUUUUACACGUCUUAGCAGGCUACUGGAAGCCCUUGUGGACGGCUUGACGUGGCGCUAAGGGGACAAAUCAACACACCUGGAAAAAUUCGCGAACAACUGCAAACAUAUGUUGCCCUGUUCAUAGAGGUGGACGACAUUUUGCCGCCAUGAACAACCUUUACAGUCCCCCCCCCCCCCCCCC